UCCGUAGUUAGCUACUGUCACAUGAAUGUUUUGUUGCGAAAGCUCAGCUUGACAGUUUCAUGUCAAAUUUCACGGGUCUUGGUUUGCCAGCUGGAUCUCAAGUGGCAGAUUUCCCUACUAAAUAACAACGAGAUAUCCCCGACAGCUAUUUUAAAGGCGUCAAGACGACCGUGAUCUGGGAACGUCUCACGCCAAAUGAUUGUUAAGAAUCUCCUGCAUAGCCAUUAGCCAGUCAUGCUGCGAUGGAUACUCGGUGGUCGGGAAGCACAGGGGUCUGUCGAGAAAAACCCUGUGCUAUUCAUUGGGGAGGAACAGCCCAAAAACUGGUUCACUGAACUGCAGGUGCUAAAAGGACAUUUUGACAUUGUUCGAUUUCUGGUGCAGAUUGAUGACUUCAGGUUUGCGUCUGCAGGAGACGAUGGUCUGGUGUUGGUGUGGAACGUUGAGACAGGAGAGAGGCUGCUGGAACUAAGGGGUCACUCCCAGCAGAUAACGGCCAUGACAGCCUACACACACACCAGUGGAGAGAACACACACACCUCCCUCAUCACAGCUUCCUCGGACCGCACCCUCAGUCUGUGGGACCCAGAGACAGGCAACAGGGUUCAGACCGUCUCAGACCUCCAGUCCUCUGUCAAGUGUCUGCUGGUGUUGGAGCGGUUGUGUGUUGGGGUGUCGGGAGGAAAUGAGUUGUGUGUGUGGAACAGAGACUUCCAGCUUCAGUGUCAGAGCCAGCACCACGACGACACAGGAAUCAGUGCCACGGUGGAGUUGCCUAAGAACUGUAUAGCAGCAGCUAUGGACAAAGAGAUAGUGAUUUUCAGGCUGACCAUGUCCACAGGGUCCCAGUUGUCUGUGGCAGAGGUCAGACGUCUAUCUGACCACCAGGACAGCAUCCACGCUCUCAUCAACAUCAAUGAUGGCCUAUUUGCCAGUGGGUCCCAUGUUGGCGAGCUGAUCCUGUGGGACGCUGUUGAUUGGACGAUUAUGGCCUAUGAGCACAUCCUGUGGGAGGAGUCUCAGACCGACACCCAGGCUGAGAUCCGAUUGGCCGCUCCGAAACCCAGUGAGAUGUCCAUCCAACAGCUGACAUCCGAUGGAGAGCUGAUGGUGGCUGCAGUGGGCAGUGGUCUGUAUGUGUACAGCGUCAUCACUAAGAGUGUUGUGGCCUACAGGAAGACAGCCCACGACUCCAACAUACUACACACCAUGCUGCUGCCUGAUGGGGGGCUGAUGUCGUGCUCCGAGGAUGGCAGUGUGAGGAUUUGGGAGAUGCAGGACCUCCUGUUACCUGCAGAACCAGCCUCUGCAGGGUUCUUUGGGAUGUGGACUUUCGGCAGGUCCAAUAAGCAGGCGGGGCCUCCGGUGAAGAAGGUUCUUGAACUCCCCAGUCUCAGAACAUUGGAACUGACGGGCGACCUGAUUGGACACUCAGGGGCCGUGCAGAUGUUUGUGAGUUUUGGGGAGAAGGGUCUGGUAACAUGUUCUACAGACCACCUGCUGAUUGCAUGGAAGAACAGAGAGAGAGAGUCUCACCUCCGCAGUCUCGCCCUCUUCAGAAAACUGGAGGACAACGGGGGGCUCUGACCCCCCCCACCUGUCAGUCAUUAACACAAUUAUUUCUGAUUUUACAGACACUUUCUACUGGAAGUCAAGGUUUUAAAGUAUUUGUUUCUAGGUGUUGUUAUUUCACUGUCUCUGAGGUUCAUGGAUGUGUCUAUAUAUAUAUGUACAAUGUGAUGGAUAUUUCUUUAACAUGUUUGUUGGUUCAGUGAUUUUACAACGUGUGAAAUUCUGUGUGUUUCAAGUCUUCAAUUUUAAUCUGAUGUUCUUAUAUAUGCCUGUCUUCAAGUUGGUCACACAUUUAUUUGCCAAAUGUCUGUAUGGUUAUUUGAACUAUUUUUACCCCACAGUUGCUUGUUUUUUAAAGCCUAAAAAUAAUGUCACAAAUUAAAGAUACAACUGGUCACAAACACCAUAUUGCAGGA